AUGUCCAUUCGUAUUGAUGUUCAUACUCAUAUUGUUCCACCGAUGUAUCCUGCAUAUGUAGAAGCAAAUGGUGGCGAUCCAAAUGGUUGGACUACACCAAAAAACUGGUCUGUUGAAACAGCCUUAAAAAUGAUGGUUCAUUUCAAUAUUCAAUUUUCUAUUCUGUCACUUUCAACACCCGGUUGUACAUUGUUAAAAGAUUUAAAAGAAGCACGAAAAUUUACACGUCAAAUAAAUGACUAUUGUUCAACAAUUGUUAAACAAAAUCCAAAACAUUUUGGAUUCUUUGCUUCACUAAUGACAUUAACAGAUGUCGAAGGUGUAUUAGAGAAAAUUGCAUACGUAUUCGAUGUAUUAGGUGCUGAUGGAAUUAUAUUAUUUACAUCGUAUAAUAAUGGACAAAUGUAUUUAGGUGUGAUAGCCUGUCAAAUUCGAAAUUAUUCUAAUGAAUCUGUAUCAAUCAAAGAAAAACUGUGA